AAGUGCAGCCUUUAUAUUCCAAUAAAAAACACAUGAAUGUCAAGUUUUACAGAGCUACCCAUUUAGUUGGUUUUCGUUUACAGCAAUGCGGGUGACAGUUAUCGCCACAACCUUCCUCCUUCUUCUGCUCUUAAAUGGUAGUAUCCUGGAUGUGCCUGCGUGCUGGGCUGAAGGGAAAACUGUCUCCAAACGACACGUCAGACGAGACUGGCUCAUCAUCCCUGACACAAUAGCCUUCGGUAUCUACCAAGCUGUGAACCGCGUAUCUCCGGACACCGGAAUGUUUCUUAUGGGAAUAUUUGAGUCAGAUGCUGUGCAGAAAACAAGGGGCUUCGUAAUAGAGAAAACAUCCAAGAUGACCCUGAAAGCUGAAGAAUAUUACCAAAAAUUCACCGACUUUCUGGAUGAAAAGAAGUAGGUCAACUAGAAGAAUGGACCGCCAAAGAAAAAAAAAACAUGGGAAAAAAUAUAACAAAUUUCUGA